AAUUUCGAUUAACUUGGAUGCAGCGGUAGUCUCAAAAAGAUUUAGAUCUUCGUGAAAACCCUAACGGGAAGACCAUUACGCUAGAGGUCGAGUCAUCUGACACCAUCGACUAUGUGAAAGCGAAGAUCCAGGGAUCUCACCGGACCAGCAGCCUUUGAUUUUCGCCGGGAAGCAGCUCGAGGACGGCCGCAGUUCUUAUCAAAUAAAAAAAAAGUUUCGAUAAACUUGAUUUGUGCAGUUGGUCUCGUCUGGUCUUCAAAGAUGUCGUUUAUCAGAUACAGAUCCUCCGAUUACGUCUAUUUCGAUCGCAGAUACGGGAUCGACGAAGCGGCUGCUACUCCUCUGCAGGCAGUGAAUAGGGGUGACUCUGACAGCGAAGUUAACACAACACGGAAACUCUUUUCCUUUCUCUCUAAUUUUAGUGUUUAGGUAUCCUUUUUAUUUUAUUUUAACAAUUUUAGUUAUAUUCAACCUUCCUUUUGCUUUUUCUGAUCUCUCAAAUUCCAAACCUUCGGAAUCCAAACACAUUUUUUGAACCUCGCCACUCUCUCGUCUAGAUCGUUCUUCCUUCUUUUAGCCGUAGGAAGAAUGUCGAUGACAGAGGCAGUGACAAAGAUCCAUCCAUAGAUGAUAGAUUAGUUAGUGUUUUGUUUCCCUUUACAAUUGUCUCUAUAGGGUUUUGGAUGAUUUAGAUUUUAGACCUCUAUAAUGGGGAAUUGCUUUGGAUCUUCCCCCAAGAAUGAAGAUGUUAAUGUUGACGACUCCUCAGUGAACUCCAAACCCUUUUCACGUUUAUGCUUUGAUUGAGAGAGGAGUUUGAAGUAAUUUAGGUAACAAGAAGGGUCCAAAAGUUUUAAUUUUUUUGGUUUGUUAUGGUGGGGGCGAUGGCAAACAAUGGAAGAAUCCGGUCAGCUUCUCCGGUGAUUAAUGGGUCAAAAGAUCUGACUCCGAACAGCGCUCCAGCGAGCACAACGGGAUCUGAAUAUGGUCCUGUUGAGUUCACAAGAGAUUACAUUGAAACUCUUCUUAAUGAACGAAUCAAGUACAAGAGCAAAUUCAACUACAAGGAGAGAUGUGAGAACAUGAUGGAAUAUAUAAAAAGGCUUAGACUUUGCAUUAGGUGGUUUCAAGAACUCGAGUUGGAUUAUGCUUUUGAGCAAGAGAAGUUGAAGAAUGCAUUGGAAUUGAAUGAGAAGCAUUGUGCUGACAUGGAGGUUAGUUUGAGAAACAAAGAAGAGGAGCUGAAUAUGAUAAUUGAAGAGCUGAGGAAAAACUUUGAAUCUGUUCAAGUGCAACUUGCCAGGGAACAAACGGAGAAGUUGGCUGCGAAUGAUUCUCUUGGAAAAGAGAAAGAAACAAGACUUGAUGUUGAAAAGGCACAAGCUGGUCUUGUAGAAGAGCUAGACAAAGCACAAGGAGAUCUUCAAACGGCUAACCAGAGGAUACAAUCGGUAAAUGACAUGUACAAACUGUUGCAAGAGUAUAACUCAAGCCUGCAGCUGUAUAACAGCAAGCUACAAGGUGAUCUUGAUGAAGCUCAUGAAACUAUAAAACGCGGUGAGAAAGAAAGGACUGCCAUUGUCGAAAAUAUUGGCAACUUGAAGGGCCAGUUUUCAGCAUUGCAGGAUCAGCUUGCUGCUUCUAAGGCUUCUCAAGAAGAUAUCAUGAAGCAGAAAGGUGAGUUGGAAAACGAAAUUGCGAGUCUCAAGGUCGAGCUUCAGCAGGCCAAGGAAGACCGUGAUCGCCAUUUAGUGGAAGUACAAACCUUACAAACUGAGGCAACCAAGUACAAUGACUUCAAAGACACCAUAACUGAACUUGAGACUACAUGUUCAUCCCAGAGUACUCAGAUACAAGAGUUACAGGAUCGACUAGUGUAUUCUGAGAGGCGACUGCAGGUGUCUGAUCUAACUACUUUUGAGAAAAUAAAUGAGUUUGAAGACCAGAAGCAAAGCAUUAUCGAUCUGAAAAGUCGAGUAGAAGAAGCAGAACUUAAACUCGUUGAAGGGGAAAAACUACGGAAGAAGUUGCACAAUACCAUUCUUGAAUUGAAAGGCAAUAUACGUGUGUUCUGUAGAGUUAGACCUUUAUUGCCUGGUGAGAAUAAUGGUGAGGAGGGAAAAACUAUUUCUUACCCGACAUCUCUAGAAGCACUUGGUCGCGGUAUUGACUUGUUGCAAAAUGCGCAAAAGCAUUCUUU